AUGGGCCGACAAACAGUGGAGAGCUUUUCUGGAAAGUCCAUUCUCAUUGUGGGUGGAACCUCUGGUGUUGGUUUUGCGAUCGCUGAGGCAUGUGUCGACUUGGGCGCGAGAGUAGUGGUUGCGAGUCGGUCACAAGACAAAGUCAACACGGCUGUGGAAAGACUCAAGCGAUCGUAUGAGAAUGCGACUGAUAGAAUCCAAGGAUACGUGUGUGACCUGGCUCGCGGAGAAGUCGAGGCAGAACUGACCAAGCUCUUCAACGAUAUAACCGACAAAGGAUCGAACCCCCUUGAUCAUGUUGUCAGCACUGCUGGAAGCCACCCAAACGCCAUGACAUUGGGUGAGGCCACAUUAGAGAAUCUGGUCAGCGCCAGUAGACAUCUUUUUAUUGGGGAUGUACUACUAGCUAAAUUAGCAUCGAAGUAUCUCAGACCUGCAGACAAUUCCUCCUUCACAAUGACUGGCGGAGCUGGCACACAGAAGCCACCACAUGGCUGGAGUCUUUGGGCUGGCAUAGGAGGAGCAAAAGAUUCCUUGACACGAGGCCUAGCUAUCAGUAUGAAGCCUAUCCGGGUGAACCUUAUCUCGCUGGGAGCGAUUCAGACGGAAUUAUUUGACGAAGCUGCAGAAAGGUGGGGGUCAAAAGACUUUGGAGGAGGCUGCGAAGACUGCAUCAUUCCCGAAGACGUCGCUGAGACCUAUUUGGCGAUUAUGAAGAACAAAUUUGUGACGGGGACUAUCAGUAUGGUUGAAGGGGGUGCCUUACUGAAUUAA